UACUUUUUGUUUCAUUGUAUACCUCCCACCAAAACUUUUUUCCUUUCUGUAGUCUGACAUCAUACUCGCAUGCGCUCAUAUGCUGUGAUGCUUUAAGAAAUAUGAGAUUGGUCUCUGAGCGAUAUACUGUAUGAAUGGCUGAACUCAAAUUGCUGCUUCCUUUGAGCUCUUUUUGGUGUAACAUGAGGCUUACCAGAGAUUUGCACUAAAAGAGCUUUGCUGUCACUUGAUUUUCCUUUUAAUGACCAAAUCUUGUUACAUUCAAGCCAUAUGAACUUAUUUUUGAUUAAACUAGAGCUAUUUUUGUAUUACAGUAGUCGUAGUAUCGCAAAUUAUGUGUAUAUGAAUUGAGUCUAUUUUUUAUGUGUCAGCACAGACGUAUACAAAAAAGCAUCAGCACUAUUUUACGUUAACAUUUGAUUUAGGAAAGGAAUGCACCUUGGUUUGUGAGAACAUAAUUCUGUUUAUAUCAGUUUCACUAAAGUUAUUAUGGCCAUAGCUACACACCAUCUUCACUCAGGUGAGAGACAGGCUUUCUUCUCUCUCUGACAGCUUCCCCUGUUCCCCAGUUUUUUUUUUUUACUCCUCCAAAUGCCUGUGGGUCUCAGUGUGGGCGGGGCUCUUGGAGACCCCUCCCCAUCCCGCCCAUUCCGCCCCAGUCGUUAUGUGCCUGUGUCCGCAGCAACCGCCUUCCUUGUGGGGGCCACUACACUGUUUCUCUGUUUCACGUGUCCGUGGCUGUCAGAGCGGAUCUCCUCCACCAUUCCGCUCUAUAAUGCUGUGGUCUUCCUCUUCACACUGGCCAAUUUCUGUAUGGCCACAUUCAUGGACCCUGGCAUCUUUCCUAGAGCUGAGGAAGAUGAGGAUAAAGAGGAUGAUUUCCGGGCUCCACUUUAUAAGACGGUGGAGGUGAGGGGCAUUCAGGUGCGGAUGAAGUGGUGCUCCACGUGCCGCUUUUACAGACCACCGCGCUGUUCACACUGCUCCGUGUGUGACAACUGUGUGGAGGAGUUUGACCAUCACUGCCCAUGGGUGAAUAACUGCAUUGGGAGGCGGAACUAUCGUUAUUUCUUUCUGUUCCUGUUCUCGCUCACUAUUCACAUUAUGGAUGUGUUUGGCUUCAGUCUGCUAUACAUCCUCCAUCACACUAAACAACUGGACCAGGUCCACGCUGGAGUCACUAUGGCAGUGAUGUGUGUAGCUGGUCUGUUUUUUGUCCCGGUUGCGGGACUCACUGGGUUCCAUGUUGUUCUUGUAGCCAGAGGGAGAACGACCAAUGAACAGGUGACCGGGAAGUUCAGAGGUGGCGUUAACCCCUUCACAAACGGAUGUUUGAAAAACAUUGCAUACGUGCUGUGUAGUUCGCAGGCUCCCAGGUAUCUUGGUCGCUUACGAAAGCCUCGUUCUGUUCAGGUCCAGCCACCAUUUUUGCGGCCACCUCUAUCUGAAGCCCAGCUAGCUGCUAAAGUCCUGGAUAAUGGCAUCCAGCAGUCUAAAAGUAGUCUGGAGAUAAUGGAGAGUCAGUCCACUGAUGCUGAUCCACCUCCACCACCCAAACCAGAGCACAGAUACCCUGGGCUGCCUCACACACAAAAUGAAGAGUGCAGCUUGCUGAAUGAGACUCCACAAACACCUUCAUUGUAUAAAUAUAGGCCGGCCUACAGCAGCCCAGGAAAAAACCACACGGCCUCCACACAUUCCAGCAAGAUGAGUCGAGGGAACAGUAUGACCGAGUCUCCCUCUAUCCCCGUCACCACUGGGCAGCCCAGCUACCUCUCUGACCCCAGUUUGUCAAGCCGAGGGGGUGCAGGGUGCCGUGGGGGAGGGGAGGGGGGUAGAGCAGGCUCUGGGGGGCUGGGUGGGGCCUCUGCGUUUGGCGGGCGAUCUUACCCUUCUUUUACAGACACCCUCCUCCAAUCAGCAGCAGCCUCUUGCUCCUCAAGCCUUCGCUCUGCCCAAACGGCCCACAAUGCCCUUGGGCCCCUCAUCUCUGAGGGUACGACCUCCACUAGCUACAAGAGUUUAGCCAAUCAGACGCGCAACGGCAGCUUGUCAUACGAAAGCCUGCUGACGCCCUCCGAAAGUCCAGAGUUUGAGUCUGCUGCUCAUGAGCUGUCCCCACCCAGACCGCACCCUCCGAACUCUCUUAGCACAGUACCGGGGCCCCCGCCUAUUUUGGGGUACACGUCCCCUUUCCUGUCUGCUCAGCAGAGGGAGGGCUCUCUCCAGGCCUGCCCUGCCCCCCUAAGACCCUCCCCCAACAGAGCUUUCCUGCGCCCAACAAGCUCACCCCCUUCUCGAGCUCCACCCCUUUCUCCUCGCGCUCGCUCAUUGGGCUCCCCUCCUCCUGGCCCUGCCCCUGGCCAUACACCUCUGGGCAAAUCACUGUCCUACGGAGGUGGCGCCGAAUUACAGCACCGCCCCUCGACAUCAGGGGGCGGGACUCCGAUGCCGAACUCGACUUUUAAACAAAACGUGGCCAAUCAUCACGCCCACUCACACAAACCUGCAGGAGGGGUGAAGAAAGUGACUGGUGUUGGAGGAACAACCUAUGAGAUUUCAGUAUGAACUACUGACAAGAAAGAAUCAGGAUUCAGUCUGCGGUUUUUGCCCCCUGAGCCUCGAUCAGAUAUGUGUAAAGCUGCUCAACCACACAUGCAAAAAAGCAUAUAAAGGACUACAAACACAAAUCGUAAGUGUUUCCCAGUCAAACUUCAUCAGUCACUGUGGAGGACAUACACUGAGAACGUGGACCAGUGAAGACGGGUCUUACAGCGUUUGUUUUUUUGAAUAUCAAUAUGGUACACAAAUAACACAGACUUUCAUAGUUAUUUAAAGAAUCAUUUGGUACUUCAAUGUAUUACCUAUCGAUUUGUACACAUGAACACUGGACAUUCAGCCUUAGUAGGCGGGACCAUGUGAGACACACUGCUGUCUCGCCCAGAAUGACGUCAACAGAAACCACAAACCUCUCAGCAGUCAGCCAAUAAGCAUUUGAAACAUUUAGGACAUGAAUCACUGUUCAAUCGUGCAUAUUCCACAGUUUCAAACCCUUGAAGGGAUAGUUCACCUAAAAAUUAAAACUCUGUCAUCCUUUAACAACCUCAUGUUGUUUCAAGCCAGUUUGACUUUCUAUUUUCUGUGGAACACAUAAAAAGAUAUUUUAACAAAUGCUCUUUUCCAGACAAAUGUGUCCAGUGUCAGCAAAUACAAAAAGAGCACCAUAAAGGUGGUCCAUACGAGUUCUAAAGUGAUAAGUAGGGAUGCACGAUAUAUCAUAUAUAUACGUUCAUUGUUAAUGUCAUCGUUAUCGGCCCGAUAAUAAAAUUUGGCAGAUAUAUUAAAGCCUAUAAAUAAUGGAUUUUUUCCCCCUUCAGCUGAGACACUUCAGUUCGCCAAGAUGGUUUUGAAUUGCUUGAAAUAUGAUUGGAAUCACUUCAAAAAAGGAAAAUACAGUUAAGUGCAACAAACUGCCUGUCAUAUAGGCUACAUACAAUUAUAAUGAGAACAUUAUAAUUGUGUGCUUGGGACAUGUAUUUUAAUGGUGAGACUUUUGUUUUUGUAAUCAGGCUCUCAAAAAUUAUAUAAAAAUUUGGAUUUAGAUUUAUCGGCCAAUAUAUCGGUUAUCGGCUCUCAAAUAUAAAGAAUUAUCGGUAUUGCCCAAAGUUUUUAUAUCGGUGCAUCCCUAGGAAUAAAUCUGUUCCUCACAAAAGUCAUUAUUAACUGCAAAUUCUGCCAUCAGUCACAACUCUCAAAUUGAAUUUUCGCAUAUGCAUAUUCAAACUUCGAGCACAAAAUGCAAGAAUUGCAUUUAUUGGUGUUGACAUUUGAAAUGUGCAUGUGUGCUUAUCACAGAAUUGUAAUUUUUGGGUGAACUAUUCCUUUAAUUUAUUUCUUAGUUCUUUUCUUUGUUUGUUAUUUUAUACAGGUACAGAUGUAUAUUAUAAGUAUUACGUUUGAAAAAGAAGAUAAUAUUAAAAUGCAGGCAUAUAUGAUGUAUGAUUGUUUGUUUCAGGUGGGAAGGUGUUUGUCAGAUUUAUAUGGCUGCAUCAGCCAGAUGAAAUUCUCAGCCAAAGAGACUCCUAGAUGACAGAUAGCACACUCGGCAAGUAGGAGCGAAUGUAUCUGUAAAGACACAAGUUACUAGAGCACAACAUUUUAAUCGAAAGGUCAUUUAGAUUAAGUACUGAAGAUAUUGUAUGCAAAUCGUAACUUUGUGUCAGCGUGUCCACCAAUCAAGGGAGAUACUCUCUUGACACAUGGUCAGCCAAUCACAAGAGAGUUUAUUUAUUCAGCCAGAGGAGGCCAGUGCAAGUACAUGCUGGAUGCACCAUCAUAUGGAUGGGGACAUUGAUUUUGAAAUUUCAUUCUUUUAUGUUUUUAGUUGGGUUUUUUUUAAACUGGACAUUGGUUAAAAUAAACAACCAGAGUCCAGUUAUUUCCUCAUAGAUGUAUAAGUUUGAUUGUAUUCGUCUAUGUGAGAGAAUGAGUGUGAAAUUUUAGUUUAACUUACCUGACUGUUGUACAAGAGCACAUUCCAGCUAUCCUUUUGGUUCAGAUCAGAGGUCAUUCACGUCUUUUGUCUGGCUUUUGAGGUCUGAGGACCAGCGGCCGGUCAGUGUAAGAUAUAAAAGCCGCUUAUGCAGAGACACAUGCAAGGUUUUUUUAAUCUUUUGUCAUUUCCACCAUGGCCUUAUGAUGCCUUUUUAACUGUUAUCAAGGGUAUUUCAGUCUGUAUACUGGAUCUGAGAUGACGGUUAGAUUGUUGUGUUGAGUUUUGGGGAAGAAUGCAGACUCUUUUUAACCCUUCUGUAUUCCUUUAAUGCCGCUGACUCUGAGUCAUAUGAGCAACACAUUUUCAACAGAACAAUAAAUGAUUCAAGAGUGAACAUAA